GUUGACUCUGUGAUUAUGUGAACAAAAAAUUGUGAUUUAAUUAAAUAAUUUACAAAUUAAUUUAAAUAACUAUUGUUUUAUUUUACAUAUUCUCUGUAUUUAUUGUAUAUUCGUGUAUAAUAUUAUAAUGAAGUUAAAAWUUUCUGUAAUUAAAUAUUAUUUUCAAUUAAUUUUGUGUAUAUUCUGUUAUGUAAGAUAUCUGUCCGCUGAAGCUUUACAUGGAUUCACAAUAAGGAAUUGGCCCUAUGCUAACCAACUGGAAAACGGCCAGUUUGAGGGAUUUGUAGUCGAUAUACUAAACGAGGUGGCACGGUUAGCUCAUUUAACAUAUACAUUGAAACUAUCAAAUGAGACGGACUACGGGGGCUGGUCUAUCAAUGGCUCUAUAACUGGUGUUAUCGGUCAGAUCUAUCAUAAUGAGGCSGACUUUGCCAUCGGAGACAUCACAAGACUGCGAACAAGAGACCGAUACGUAGAGUUUAGUCACCCGUUCCUUAAGUUCGGCUUAAGUGCACUCAUCCGUAAAGAUCUGGUGGGAAGUAUGUCGUCGUUCAAAGAUCUGGCCGACCAGUCCUUCGUUGACUACGGAGUCAAGAAAUUAGGAGCAAAUUUACCGCUUUUUCACAGCAGUCCUGUGAUUACCAAAAUGUAUAACUAUAUGGACGCCAAUCCAUCGACAUUUGUKUCSGGAGAGAAAGAGGGUAUACAACGGACCAAAACCAGUCGUUACGCAUUCAUAACAGAGUCGACAUUCAACGAGUAUAUCGCACAACGAGAGUGUGACCUCACGGUUAUCGACGACAGGCGCCAAAACUUUCAGUUUGAGUACGCAAUAGCUAUGAGAAGAGGUUUAUCGCAAAGAAAUGCUAUCAAUGAUGCCAUUAGAGAGAUGCAAAAGUCUGGCAAAUUGGAGGCAUUGAAGGAAAAGUACUGGAAGUCCGACAAAUGUGUCGAAAAGACUAAUGUUGUUGAAGUGAAUCCCAAGGUUGUCAGCGCCAGACUUGAAGAUCAUGAAAGAGAAGAACACGAAACUAGCGAUGAAAAUAGCAAUCGAGAAGAAGGCAAAGUUGAUGAACAUCACGGAAAGGGAGGACGACAUCAUCGACAUCAUCACAGACACGGCGAUCAUCCGCAUUGGUUUGAUUUUGGACGGGCACAUACAGCACAUGUACAUUAUGCAGCACUGGCUAUAGCUAUAUUAAUUGUCAUUUUAAAUAGUUUUCAUCAUUAAAACCAUUAUAUAAUUAAUUUUUUAGAAAUCAUAUUAAAUUUGUAAUAAAAAUAACAUUAUUUUCUUUUUGUUUUAUAAAAUUAAGCCAUAAAA